AUGUCCUAUGGAAUCGAGGCAGAAUCUGGUGUUUUUAGUUCCGAAAGAGAUAAAUUGGACACAUCAGAUCAUGAGGAUACGAUUGACGAUCAGGAGAUGAGGAAUGUGACCAAUAAUAAAAAAGGGCCAUCUAGAAUGUGCGCACAAAAUCAAAUAGAGUUUGCGAAAUCCUAUAAGGCUAUGGAAAAAGUUAUAUGUGGAAACUUUCAUCAGGGAGAAUA